CCCGGCCCCGACGGGCGUCGAGCUGCCCCGAGGCGGCGGGGAGGGGGGCGCGGGGCCGGGCGACCAUGCCGAACUUCUGCGCGGCCCCCAACUGCACGCGCAAGAGCACGCAGUCCGACCUGGCCUUCUUCAGGUUCCCGCGGGACCCGGCCAGAUGCCAGAAGUGGGUGGAGAAUUGUAGGAGAGCAGACUUAGAAGAUAAAACACCAGAUCAACUAAAUAAGCAUUAUCGAUUAUGUGCCAAACACUUUGAGACCUCUAUGAUCUGUAGAACUAGUCCUUAUAGGACAGUUCUUCGAGAUAAUGCAAUACCAACAAUAUUUGAUCUUACCAGCCAUUUAAACAACCCACAUAGUCGACACAGAAAACGGAUAAAAGAAUUGAGUGAAGAUGAAAUCAGGACUCUGAAACAGAAAAAAAUUGAAGAAACGUCUGAACAGGAACCAAAACAUAAAGAAAUAAACAACAGCAACCCUCAGAACCCCAGUGCUGAAGAGGGGGGUGAAGAACAGGAUGAAGAUAUUUUACCUUUAACUCUUGAAGAAAAGGAAAAUAAAGAAUAUUUAAAAUCUUUAUUUGAAAUUUUGAUUCUUAUGGGAAAACAAAAUAUACCUCUGGAUGGACAUGAAGCUGAUGAAAUCCCAGAAGGUCUCUUUACUCCUGAUAACUUUCAAGCACUGCUGGAAUGCCGAAUAAAUUCUGGUGAAGAGGUUCUAAGAAAGCGCUUUGAGACAACAGCAGUUAACACAUUAUUCUGUUCGAAAACACAGCAGAAACAGAUGCUUGAAAUUUGUGAGGGCUGCAUUCGGGAAGAAACGCUCAGGGAAGUAAGAGACUCUCACUUCUUUUCUAUCAUCACUGAUGAUGUCGUAGACAUAGCAGGGGAAGAACAGCUGCCCGUGCUGGUGAGGUUUGUCGAUGACUCACAUAAUCUGAGAGAGGAAUUUGUUGGCUUUCUGCCUUAUGAAGCUGAUGCAGAAAUUUUGGCUGUGAAAUUUCAUACUACGAUAACUGAGAAGUGGGGGCUAAACAUGGAAUAUUGUCGUGGGCAGGCUUACAUUGUGUCCAGUGGAUUUUCUUCCAAAAUGAAAGUUGUUGCUUCUAGACUUUUAGAGAAAUAUCCCCAAGCUGUCUAUACACUCUGCUCUUCCUGUGCCUUAAAUAUGUGGUUGGCAAAAUCAGUGCCUGUUAUGGGAGUAGCUGUUGCAUUAGGAACAAUUGAGGAGGUUUGUUCUUUUUUCUACCGAUCACCACAAUUGCUUUUAGAGCUUGAUAAUAUAAUUUCUGUCCUCUUUCAGAACAAUGAAGAAAGGGGUAAAGAACUGAAGGAAAUUUGCCAUUCUCAGUGGACAGGCAGGCAUGAUGCUUUUGAAAUUGUAGUUGACCUUCUGCAAGCGCUUGUUUUAUGUUUAGAUGGAAUAACAAGUGAUACAAACAUUAGAUGGAAUAACUGCAUAGCUGGCCGAGCAUUUGUGCUCUGUAGUGCAGUAACAGAUUUUGAUUUUAUUGUUACUAUUGUAGUUCUUAAAAAUGUUUUAGCUUUUACAAGAGCCUUUGGGAAAAAUCUUCAGGGACAAACCUCUGAUGUCUUCUUUGCAGCCAGUAGCUUGACUGCGGUUCUGCAUUCACUAAAUGAAGUGAUGGAAAAUAUUGAAGUUUAUCAUGAAUUUUGGUUUGAAGAAGCCACAAAUUUGGCAACCAAACUUGAUGUUCAGAUGAAACUCCCUGGUAAAUUCCGCAGAGCUCAGCAAGGUAACCUGGAGUCUCAGCUGACUUCUGAAGGUUACUAUAAAGAAACUCUCAGUGUUCCAACAGUGGAGCACAUUAUUCAGGAACUGAAAGAUAUUUUCUCAGAACAACACCUAAAAGCUCUUAAAUGCUUAUCUCUGGUACCCUCUGUCAUGGGCCAGCUCAAAUUCAACACAUCAGAGGAACAUCAUGCUGACAUGUACAGAAGUGACUUGCCGAAUCCUGAUACUCUCUCAGCUGAACUGCACUGUUGGAGAAUCAAGUGGAAACACAGAGGGAAAGAUAUAGAACUUCCUUCUACCAUCUAUGAAGCCCUCCAUUUGCCAGACAUCAAAUUUUUUCCAAAUGUUUAUGCAUUACUGAAGGUCCUGUGUAUUCUUCCUGUGAUGAAAGUUGAGAAUGAACGAUAUGAAAAUGGGCGGAAGCGACUCAAAGCUUACCUGAGGAACACUUUGACAGACCAAAGGUCGAGUAACUUGGCUUUGCUUAAUAUAAAUUUUGAUAUAAAACAUGAUUUGGAUUUAAUGGUGGACACAUAUAUCAAACUCUAUACAUCUAAAUCCGAGCUUCCUACAGAUAAUUCAGAAACCAUUGAAAAUACCUGAGAUUUCUAACAGGUUUUCUCUUCCUGUUGAAAACUAAUAAGUUUGAAAUAUUACAGAAAAGUAUAAUAUAUGUAGGCCACUUUAUCACUGACUAUCUUUAGUAGGCCUCCCAUUGAGUAUACUCAUUAAUAAUUUGCCUAUUUAAAUGGCUCCAAUUUGAGCUCAUGCUUUGAGACCUAACUGUUCUUCCAAAAGAUAACAUUAAAAAUGCCACAUCACAUUUCUGUGUGAAAUCUGCUAGUGGCACUUUGGAGUUGUUUUUAGUUAA